AUGACUAUAGCCCAGCAUGGCACGAAGUUGUCUCGAAGCUUGAUGCAAACCGUGGAUGUCUACCUCCGGCGAAGCUUCGGGUUUGAAAUAACGUGGACAUACCCCGGCACGGCGAUUUCUCGAGGGCUUGUCAUCGAUCCAAGCAAGAGUGUGCCAACCCGCUCGCAGAGUGGGCCCCAAUGGUCCGCGAGUGACGAAGAGGAUCCAGAGUGGUGGGAAGAGGUGGUUGCAUUGGGAUGGUUUACAGUGGAGCACAACGUUGGUGUGCUAGAGGACUAUGGUGGAUGGUAUGCCAUUCUCUCUGCCGUUUUGCACGAGAUUAGCUGA